AAGACAACAUUUAUGUUAUGUGACAUUCAGAUGGAACCAACCUGAAUUUACAGACGAAGUAAUACAAGGAUACACAGUGCGAUAUUGCUUCAUCGAGAACCAAAAAGAGAUUCAAAUCUGUGACGACAAAAAUAUCUCAGCUACAAUAUUGGAGUGCACGGUACACAAUCUAAAACCUAACGCGACGUACCACUUUCAAGUACGAGCGCAUACUAAAGUUGGUGCUGGCCUUUACACAGAUUUAAUUGAUGUAUUGACUACGCACGAAAAUCCAAUACCGCUAUUAUUGAUGCGACAUAGUUAUGGUAUUGAUAUAUUGGAUCUUGAUUCAAAAGUCAAUAUUAGACUUGUUGAUGACAUUUCAAUGAUAGAUGCCACUUAUUCGAUAGCGGAACAUAAAAUUUAUUGGAGCACUGAUCUGAGGGACCUAAUGGUAUUGGAGAUGAAUAAAAACAAUAUUACAAAAAUAGCUGAUUUUCAAUGUAAUGCAUACAGUCUUUACAUCGACUGGGUAGCAAGAAAUCUGUACUGGAUGGAAAUAGACAUAAUUUAUACUAAUAAUAUCAUAAAACUCGACUUAACAAUGUGGGAAAAUGGCAUACUCAAAUACGAUAAGAUUUUGCAAACAGAAUUUUUUUUUGGUAAUGUCGGUUUAACUAUACUUCCAUCUAUAGGGUAUGUUAACUUUCAUUCAUUUGAAAUAAAUGAACAAUAUUUUCAUUAAAGAU